AUGAAUCCAAAAGCCCCAAAAAUUGCACAAACCAAUACACGUAAUGCAAACCAGUACAUUAACCAAUUUUCAAAAUUUGACACCCUAAUACCCCCCAAUUCCUUUGAUUUCGAACGUCACCCCGUUCCCCGCCGAAACCCGCAGGAUGAAUACGAACUCAUCCAGCGCAUCGGGAGCGGGACUUACGGCGAUGUUUACAAGGCAAAACGUCUUAUUACAAAUGAGUUUGCAGCCAUCAAGGUCAUCAAACUGGAACCAGGUGAUGACUUCACCAUCAUCCAGCAAGAAAUCCUGAUGAUGAAGGACUGCAGACACCCAAACAUUGUUGCUUACUUUGGGAGUUAUUUACGGAGAGACAAACUCUGGAUAUGCAUGGAAUUUUGUGGAGGUGGAUCCCUGCAGGAUAUAUACCAUAUUACUGGACCUCUUCAAGAGCGUCAGAUUGGUUAUAUGUGCAGGGAGACAUUGCGAGGGUUGGAGUAUCUCCACCGUAUGGGUAAAAUGCACAGAGAUAUAAAGGGCGCCAAUAUCUUAUUAACGGAGAAUGGUGAUGUGAAGCUGGCUGACUUUGGUGUGUCAGCUCAGAUCACAGCCACCAUUAGCAAAAGAAAGUCUUUCAUCGGCACACCAUACUGGAUGGCACCAGAGGUUGCUGCAGUGGAGAGGAAGGGUGGCUAUAAUCAACUUUGUGAUAUUUGGGCUGUUGGAAUUACGGCCAUUGAGUUAGCCGAACUCCAACCACCUAUGUUUGACCUUCAUCCAAUGCGUGCCCUUUUUCUUAUGUCCAAGAGUGGCUUCAAGCCCCCAACGUUAAAAGACAAGGCAAAGUGGACGCAAAAUUUUCAUCAUUUUGUUAAGCUGAGUCUAACAAAGAACCCCAAGAGACGUCCGACUGCCGACAAAUUACUCCUUCACCCCUUUGUGGCGGCUGACCUUCCCAAGUGGCUGGCUGUUGAAUUGCUGCAGAAAGCUCACAACCCACAGCAUUCAUUCCCUCCUGAGUUAGAGAUUGAUGAGGAAGGGGCAGUUACAAAUGUUCCUCAGAGAAUAACCUCAAGAACUCCAGCACGACCUAAGCAGAGAACUAAGUCAGAAUUGCACAUGGAAUCUGUCAACUUUGGUGCUCCACUAGUCACAGAAUUAAACGCAGAGCCCCCUCCAGCCAGGUACCAGGGGGCAGGGCAACCGUGGGACCCAGCCAUGGAGGAGGGAGACGUAUCGCUUGACAACCAUGACGUUGCAUCCAUGUUGAUGGAGAGUGAUCCUGAUAAUGACGUAAAAACCAAUCUGACCUGGACCCAGUCACUCCCUGGAGCACGGAGGGGCAGAGUGGGGCACAGGGACCCAACGGCUAAUGGCCCCAAUGAGAAUGGUGGCUAUUUGAGACUAGAUAUGGACAGCAGCGAUAGAGACUAUGCAAAUUUACCUCCCCUUGAUCUCUCUUAUCACUCUGACCUGAGUUACUAUGACCCCCCCAAUGCUAUGAGCACCUCCUAUGGUUCCAACCAGCAACCACGGAGGGCUGGGAGGAGCUUUGAGCUGGGUGACGGGGGCAUCCAAGAUUCGUUCACACACGACUACUACUUAAAUAAUCACUACAGUCAACGAGAGAUGGACAAUAAACACUCAUACCUUGAGGGUAGUAAUGGUUACUCAGUUCCUGACAGUGAUAACAACGAUUACAUGACAACCUCAUUCAUUUUGAAGGAGGAGGAGGUUCCUUAUCAUGACCCAACCUGUACAGUUGCUGACUGUCAGAGACCUAGCUGUCUGAUCCCGGACUAUUGUGAUGACACGACCAUACCAUACCGUUCCCUAGCCCCAAAAGACCAGUCCGACCAAGGGACCGAACGCCCCACUCGGUCCCGAUCCCGUUCGCGACACCACAAAAGACACCGGCACCGUUCGAAGAGUGACAUGGGCUCCUUGAAUGGCCCUCAACAAGCCCCCCCCUCCUUCCGGGAUGCCCAGGAAGGCCCUCCCGCGAGUGAGGCGAUGUCCGACACUCUUAGAAGGGAGAAACGGCCCCUCUCUGGCUCAGACGUGCUGCGAAUGUCUCCAAGGAGCCUAUUGCAGUAUAUUGAUGAAGAGUUGCGAAUGAGGGGUCACAGCGAUCGUCUCUCUGACUUGGACGUGGACAUGACCUACUCCUCGCAAGCAACCCUGCCGGUGGGUAUGGAUGAUACCUCCCUAACUGAAGCUAGUCAGGCCCUCGACAAGGCCAAUCAUAACAGCAGGUACAGUCAGUCAUCAUCGCCGGGACGGGAACGAGGGCAUGCAAGAAGACAUUCCAGUGCUGAUGCUCACCAGGAAGAAGGGGAAGAGCUCACUGACCAGACUGCCACUCUUACCCUGACGUCGGCAACAGCACGCCAGAGAGCUCAGAGCGACAGCCAGCAUGACCGCAGACGUGAUGGUUCAAAAGAGAAUGGGCAAGCAGGGAGUGGAGGAGAGGAGGAUGGAAGUGGCACACCUCCUGUUCCACCUCGGAGAAAAGACAAACGGAGACACAACACACCACCGAGACCUCAGUCAAAUGGCUUACCACCCACUCCAAAAGUCCAUAUGGGAGCUUGCUUUUCAAAGGUGUUUAAUGGUUGCCCACUACAUAUCCACUGUACUGCCUCAUGGAUACACCCAGACACUCGAGACCAACACAUACUGAUUGGAGCAGAGGAAGGGAUUUACACUUUAAAUCUCAAUGAGCUACAUGAAGCAGCCAUGGAGCAGUUAUUGCCUACGAGAACCACUUGGAUGUUUGUCAUAAAAGAUGUGCUUAUGUCCAUAUCAGGAAAAGGUCCUUAUCUCUAUCGGCAUGAGUUGAUUGGCCUUCACAAUCGACAUUUGCACAAGUUCUCGCUCCCCAUGAAUAAAAUUCCAGAAAAGUUCUUGCCAAGAAAAUAUGCAAUCACGACUAAGGUUCCAGAUACAAAAGGGACUUUGCGAUGCUGUGUAGGCCGUAAUCCCUACAAUGGCUACAAGUACCUGUGUGGCGCAACCAGCUCCUCUCUGUACCUGAUGCAGUGGUAUGACCCUCUUAACAAGUUUAUGCUGCUCAAGCAAAGUGAGUGCUACCUGCCUCAUCCCCUAAGAGUAUUUGAGAUGGUGAUCACGCCGGACCUAGAGUAUCCCCUCAUGUGUGUUGACGUCAACCGCAGCUACGGCUCGGAGGACAUCCUACGCCAUAACCUCAUAAACCUCAAUACUGGCACGACUUGGACCCCUGAAGAUGACGAGGACAUGGAUGGAAUGGCUACUGUGGUCCCCCGGCAUAAUUUGAAUGUAAAAAAUGUCACGCAAAUUGAGAAGGAUGCCAUUCUAGUCUGCUUUGAAAAUGUUGUGAGAGUAGUUAAUUUACAAGGGAAGAUUAAGGAAAGAAAAAAACAGACAUCGGAACUCAAGUUUGAUUUCAAUAUUGAUUCCAUAGUGUGUUUAACGGACAGUGUGUUAGCAUUUCACGAGCAUGGGAUGCAAGGUCGAAGUUUCAAGAAUGGGGAAAUCACACAAGAGAUUAUCGACAACUCUCGACUCUUCAGGUUACUUGGCUCUGACCGGCAUUUACGGGAUUCAUUUCAUCCAGACACAGUCCCGAGAAUUAUCACACUGGAGAGCCGACCAUCGUCAAUGUUGGAGCCGAGUAGCGCAGCCUCAGGGGAGAACCAGGGUGUCAACUUGUACAUUCUUGCUGGACAUGAAUCUAGCAUGUACUGAGCUGUCCUCUGAUGGCUGCUGCAACAGUGAGAGCAGGAAACAACGAGAGCAACAAGGGGUUCAAAUGGCUUGAGUGAGCGUGGCUUGGUGUCCGAAAAAAAAUGUGCUGGGACUAGUGUUUAGGGUACCAGAGAGGGACACCCUGCAAUCUCUUUGGAGUCCAGAUCUUGGUGUAGAGAUGCGUGUGUGAUAUACCAAGGUACCAGGUACUAUUUUCCCUAAAAAGACAAAAGAAGAAUGUUGUCUUAAUUAAAGGAAGAAAAGAAGUGAGAGAAUUCAAUGGUUUAGACAAUAGAAGAGUGCUUUUAAUUGGUUCAAGUCUGCCCGGAUACCUGAACUUUUGUGUUUUUAAUUGAAUUUUGCCUCGACUAUGACUUCCUGGAUUGCUCAGAGUGAGAAAUGGAAAUUCCUUUUUGACAGGAUUUAUAUCUACCAAAGAGGUGAGUGACUUCUAAAACAUGG